GGCGUCACGUGAGCGCGGCGGGGAGAAAGUGCACUUCGGCGUGCAAAGCUGCAGGAAGCCUCCUCUAUCCCUGACACGCUUUCCAAGAAAAACCCAAGAAAUAAAACCCCCAAAAUGCCCGCUUUCAACCUCUCCAAGGAAGCAGUCGUCGGGACUGCAGCGCUGGGGAUGGUUGCUGUUGCUGGAUUCCUAAUAGGUAAGAUCCUGAGACUAAGAUCCCUUUGUCCGUCUUGGAAGCAGGAUCCGCGUGGGCGCCGCCCUGUUGCGCGUUCGCCAGCGGCCCCACGGCUUGUUGCGCGCGUGACCCGGGCGAGGGUGGAGUCGUGGGUGGGCAGGGUGGCAGGAGGGGCAACCCAAACCCUAAUGAGCUCAUGGGUUUGGGUUGGGGCAAGCCCCAGUCUCCCUUUAACAGGAAAAACUGAGGGAGUUCAGGAUGCUGACACUAUGUGACGCUCAAAAGAAAAAAGAAAAAGGUAAAGGACCCCUGGAUGGUUAAGUCCAGUCAAAGGUGACUACGGGGUAUGGCGCUCAUCUCGCUUUCAGGCUAAAGGAGCCAGUGUUUGUCCACAGACAGCUUUCCAGGUCAUGUGGCCAGCAUGACUAAACCACUUCUGGCGCAACAGGACACCGUGACGGAAACCAGAGCGCAUGGAAACGCCAUUUACCUUCCCGCCAUAGCGGUACCUAUUUAUCUACUUGCACUGGCAUGCUUUCUUUUUUUAAAAUGUAUUUUUAUUAAAUAUUUUCUUGGUUUACAAAAGUAUGUGCAAUGUCUCUUUUUUCAAGUAACAUUUUUUACAGAUCAGUUUCAUUUGUUGAGACAUUAGAAAGAAAAGGGGGAAAGAGGUGGAGGGGGAAAGGUGAGUGGGGGUGGGGUCAGGUGGCAAUGUUUCUAUUUUACUUAAUAUAUGUGGGGUUUUGUGUUAGGGUCGCUUGUGCAGGUUCUCUGCUGUUCACUUGUGUUCCUUUGUGGUGAGAGAGGUUGGGGUUGGCCUAGGGUGCGGUUGUUUGUUUGUGAUUGGCUGUGGUGAUCUUUGUUUUCAUGUGUGAGUGGGGUGGGUGGGUGUUUUGGAUCAGGUUAGCCAUAUUGAUUUGUAUGCUGUUGGUGGAUUUUUGUCAUUGUCUUGUUGGGCUGUGUGUGUGAUAAAGGGGUGAAGGCCUCUUCUUCUAUUUGUCCCCGUGUCAGUUUCAGUUUAUUGGUUAAUUUUUCUAGUAAGGCUGUUUCCCAUACUAUUUGGUACCAUUGGUCCAUGCUUACUCCUGACAGGUCUCUCCAGUGUCUGGUUAUGAAGUUCACUGGCAUGCUUUCACACUGCUAGGUUAGCCGGAGCUGGGACAGAGCAACGGGAGCUCACCCCAUCACGGGGAUUUGAACCGCCAAUCUUCUGACUGGCAGGUCCAAGAGGCUCAGUGUGGUGUAGUGGUUAAGAGCGGUAGUCUCAUAAUCUGGGGAACCGGGUUCGCGUCUCCGCUCCUCCACAUGCAGCUGCUGGGUGACCUUGGGCUAGUCACUCUUCUUUGAAGUCUCUCAGCCCCUCUCACCUCACUGAGUGUUUGUUGUGGGGGAGGAAGGGAAAGGAGAAUGUUAGCCACUUUGAGACUCCUUAAAGGGAGUGAAAGGCGGGAUAUCAAAUCCAAACUCCUCUUCUUCUUCUUCAGUGGUUUAGACCACAGCACCACCCACAUCCCUUGUAUUCUCGAAUGAACGUUUUUUUGAAGCCAAACGUCUGACGCAGCUUCCAAUUGAGUGCAGGAAGCUCCUGCAGCCAAUUAGAAGACACUCCUUGGUUUUCAAAUGGUUUUGGGAGUCGAACGGACUCCCGGAAUAGAUUAAGUUCGAAAACCAAGGUACCACUGUAUAGUGUAACAGCCCUCCUGUUCAAGGCUGGAUGGAGCCUGGGAAAAGGACAUGAUAGCAGAGUUCACUGUAGUGUUAUGGUGCACUGUUCGGUUUGGGGGGCUGUGGAAAAUUCACGUUGUGGCAAUCUGCAUGCUCCCAGUCCUGUGAUGCCCUUCUAUAGGGAAGAGGGUGGGGCACAGCCUUGAUCUCUACUACCCCUGUCCUAGGGCUCUUGUGCUUUGAUGUACACAUUGAGUUUGGGAUGAGCUUUACUGUUAACUUCCAUGAAGAAGACAGGCCUGUAAAUAGGCAGAUCUGCUUCCACCAUUGAAGUGAACGGGGAAACCCUUAGGUGCAAGGGAGUGAUGUGUGCAUGCAGCCCCACCAGAAAUCUUUGGAAGCUUACGGGUUGUCUUAUUUCUUUCCCAAAAGGCAGAAGAUAUUCAGGCCUUCCCUUUGGAACCCCCAAAAGCCGUUUCCAAGGGAAAAACAGCCCAUUACUGCAGUACGUACUGGAUCACUCCUUGAGGGAGCACCCGGCUUUGAAGAAGCUAAGAUUGGUAAGUAUGUCUUUCUACUGGGUCUAUCUUCCCGACUUCAGCUCUCACAUAAGUGCCCCGUUCAGAGUCCACUUAGGAACUUGCUCGUGCCCAGAACUGGGUUUUGUCUUCUCCAUGAGAUGAUAAGGAUAGACAUCCCAGAAAAAAUAUAUGGUUGUUUAUUUUCUGCAAUGGUUUCAUUUCGCAUCAGAACCGUGUUGUCUCAAGGAAAAGGUAUAUGGGGCCCACAGUGAAACCCACAAGCUCCGCCCCAUGUUUCCGUGCUGUUUUCACCAGAUAAUUCCCAUAUAGUCUUCUAAAAAACAAUAGAAUAUCAGUAAAGACCAGGACCCACCUUUCCCCCUGUAAAUGUGGCUGGGUUCCAUUGCAAGUGGAGGCCCACGGUGGCUGACUCAAGACAAGAGAGAGAGGUGCUCAGUUAGGUUUCUCCCCAACCUGCUAGUCUUGUUUGUGGAGGAAUUUAGCUUUUGCUUUCCUGAGAGAACUUUGCAUCAUGUGAACACCAGGCUGUGUUCCUCUGAAGUGGUACUGCUAAGCCGCAGUGAGAAGUAGGUCGUAUCAUGGUGUGGACUCUCCUUUCCCCUUGCCUCUGUGAACUCAGUUCUAAAUACCUGUGAUGAGUAUGAGUUACUCGUGCGUAAACUGGUGCCUCUCUAGGCUAAUUUGCCUUGUUAAACCUUUCUGACUGCACAGUCCUUUCUAAUUGUGACUGCCUCAGUCACUGGCAGAAUCCGUCAGUGGGCGUUUCUUGAACCUCUUCCAACAUAAAAGUUGUUUGACACCCAGUCUCCUCCUCCUCUCACUGCGCGAGAGUCUUCUGCGCAGGGAGGGCGUGGGUAGCGGAGGACCUGUCCCCUCCUCACUGAGUUCCAGUGAAGAGUUCUGGAGCCCUCUCUCGGAUUCCCCCAUCUGCCCACCUUUAUCCCUGCUGUUGCACUUAAAUGCUUCCCCCUCCACUGAGCUGUUUCUCCCCCUGCUGCUGGGUCCUUCUCCACCAUCAUCUAGGAGCCUCCCCUUCGCCUCUCGCUCCGAUGUCAGUUCCCUGACAAUACCCUUGCAAUUCUAAAUAGCCCUAUUUAAUGCAACAAGAGUGCCUGGCGUGCUCUGGUCACGAAGAGUCGGACACGACUAAACGAUUAAACAACAACAAAUGCAACAAGGCUGACCUAUAGGUACUUUCUAGGAGCUUGCGACAGCUGAACCUCUCAUUGUAGUGAAUAUUAAUUCACGUAACCACUGGCGGAGGAAGAGGGGUGCGGGGGGGCGCACCCCCCCGGCAGUGCGAUCCCGGUGGGGCGCCAUUGCGGCUGCCCCCGAGUCCGCGCUGGGUGUGCUAUGCCCCCAGGGUGCCCUGCCCUGCUCUCCGCCCCCUGGUGCCGGAGCAUGAAGCUCCGCCACUGCACGUAACAGUUUUGAAAAUGUGUAUCCCUGUGUUACCUGUCUGUUCAGUCAUGGAUCAAUAGUUUCCCCGCUCCCCUGCUAUUCAGUGUAUAGCCUUUACAAUUAUUAUUGUGGUUAUUAUUAUUAUUAUUGUUCGUCAGAGUUAUCGGUUGCUUUUUCUUUGCUAAAGGCAACUCAAAUGACUUACAGCCAAAGACUUUAUGCAGAAGCAGGGCUUUUUUUUAGCCGGAACUUGCUCGAACUCGGGUGGCCGCCAUUGCCAUUCUAAGAGAACAGGCGUGGCAUUCAUGGAGAGUCCCGGCACCUCUUUUUCUUGAAAGAAAAAUAGCACUGUGCAGAAGGUUAUUGUCAUUUCUCUGGUCAUGCAGAUGGAGAAAUCAGCCAAAGGCAAAUUGUGUUCACAUGCACAAAUAGCCCCCACACCCUAUAAUAACUUAUAGCACUGGUUACUGAUCAGUAAGUUAGCAACUUGUAAUAAGCAGAUGUUCUUUUCUAGGUUACUUGGAACCUUCCCAAUAAAAAUAUGAUGGUGUCUAUUGACGAGGCCCAGCUUUUGGCCAACCUGGCGAGGCUGAUCAAAGCAAAGAAGGUCAUUGAAGUAGGUAAGUCAUUCUGUUUAUGCAGGGAUGGCUCCAGAAUGAUCUGUAGGCUGAAUUGCAGGAUCUGUGGGUCAUGUGGCUGUUGCCUGCUAAUCACAUCUAGAAGAGAAGUGACCUUAUGUCCACUGGAAGUCUGGCAUCCAGUCACUUUCUUUCUUUUUUAAAAAAAAAAUUCAUUGAAUUAAAAAAAAAAUCCACAUAAAAAUUCCAGUGCGUUAGAGAGUGUCAACAUCCCAUCCUAUUUUCCAUGAUGUUUUUCUUAUCUCCCCUGUGCUGUAACCUGUCUUCCCUCUUUUUUAACGUAGUUAAAUCUUUCAUUCUUUCUGAUGCUCAUAGUUUGAAACCUGCUGGCGGGUUCUUCAUGCUAUAGUAUUUCUUCAAAUAAUCUGAAAAAGGUUUCCAUUCGUCAAAAUAAAAAAAACACCAGUUAUCAUUAGAUUAUCGUAUUUUAGCUGUUAGCUUGGCUGAUUCAACAUAGCCCGUUACUUUGCUUAGCAUCCAACCACUUUCUAGUUUCUGUUCUUUGGCUUGACUCUAAAGAUCCCCGUGUUCUUUUCAGGCUGUGGACUGAGGCAUAGGAACAAAUACUCCCAAUUCUGCAACAAACGUUUGUUCUUUUAGAAUUUCUGUGGCUUUCUCAGCAUUCAAUCCCUGGCCCUCCACCUUAAAACAUUGCGUUGGUUUCUCCAAAGAACGCUGUCUCCUGUCUGAACCCUGUCUGAAUUAUCCUAGCUUCUUGGAGCUGAGCUGGCCAGGGAAUGUUGAAUGGAAGCCUAGCAUUGAGCAGGCUGCAACCUCUUAGGCCAACCAUUCUGAGAAGUUUUAUUUUUCCAGGAAGUGGCUUCCGAACUGCGCUGCGUCCCAGACCAUAUUGUAGUCCCAAACUUGCCACAGCUCCUGCAAAUAUACAUUGGCUGCGGUUAGAUUGCGCUGAGCAUUGUGAAGUCGCAAGGGCAAACACUAUAAAUAAGUAAGCAUUGAAUAAUUGCAUUUCAGGGCGUAAUCCACGGUCAAGAGCACCAGUCUGAGCUGCUUACAGGAAGGGCACGGCAGGGCCAAAUGUGAGACAAGCAACGUCUCACGGGCUGCAUGGGUGGAAAAAAAAACACUUGGCACACAAGUUUCAGUUGGGCCGCCUCUGCCACCAUCUCCACUUCUGCAUUAGUUACUAGAGACUGCGAGAUAAUUCGGGGUGGGGCAGAGGAGAGCAAUUUGUGGGUUUUGCAGAGACAUCCCAAGCAUCCGUGCAGGGUGGGUCAUUGGGAAAAGGACCAAGAGAUUUGUGGAGCCUGCUGCUCCCCACCCCCCUGCUGUAGCUGUCUCAUGAUGCAAUGGCAUUCUCCAAACGGGACAUGAUAAUAUUCUAAAAUAUAGAAUAUAAAUAUAAUAUAAUAUAAAUAUAAUAUAAUAUUAAAAUAUAAAAUAUAGAAUAUUCUAAAAUAUAGAAUAUAGGUAUAAAUAAUAAAUUAUUAUUAUUCCUGUGGAACGCCCUCCCACCAGAUGUCAAAGAGAACAACUACUACCAGACUUUUAGAAGAUAUCUGAAGGCAGCCCUGUUUAGGGAACCUUUUAAUGUUUGAUGUAUUAUAGUAUUUUAAUAUUUUUUUGGAAACUGCCAAGAAUGGCUGGGGAAGCCCAGCCAGAUGGGCGGGGUAUAAAUAAUAAAUUAUUAUUAUUAUUAUUAUUAUUCAAAACCCUACCAGAUAAGAAUGGCAGAUCAAGUUGGUGGAUUAUGCUGAAAUGGCCAAAAUGAUCAGAAGAAUCAGAAAUCGGGAAGACCAAAAUUUUAAUAAGGAAUGGGGAAAUUUUAUAAUUUAUCUUAAAAACCAUUGUAAACAGUUAAAAUCGUUAGUAGGAUUGGAAUAACCCACCCAAGAGGCCAGGAUAUUAUUUUUAAUAUUUUUCUCUCUCUGAAAACAAGUACUGAAGACAUCCACAGUCUCUCAUGCCUGGACGAGGUUGUGUUAAGAUACCAGUUAAUGGGAUCUAGAACUCGUGGAACUCUCUGUGUCGCAGAAAUAGGAACCAGGCUCCGACAACUGCCCGUAAUUCCUGGUGUGUUUCAGGUGUCUUUACAGGGUACAAUGCCUUAAACAUGGCUCUGGUCAUACCCGAGGAUGGCAGAGUCGUCGCCUGCGAUAUAAGCGAAGAUUAUGCCAAUAUCGGAAAGCCAGUGUGGAAAGAGGUAAAUGAGCUGCGCCGGCACACCUGGGGAUUGGGAGACCUGAGAACCGGAGCUAAGCAACAUAUUACAUGGGAGACCUGUCAUUUCAGGCAUUGGUUGUCUAAGUUUUUAACUCUGAAUCAAAUGCAGGGAAGCACUGAUUUGGUUGGCGCAGCUGGGCUUAUAAGAGUAUAUAAACCUCUCCCCUUGAUGCUGUUUCCUUCUAUCUAAAUCAGUGGUUCCCAGCCUUUUUUUGGCCAUGCCCCAUCUAAGCAUCUCUAAAAUCCUGAUUCUGACCCCCCCCCCCGUGACAUAUACUGUAUUUUUCGCUCUAUAAGACGCACCAGACCACAAGACGCACCUAGUUUUUGGAGGAGGAAAACAAAAACAAAAAAAUUCUGAAUCUCAGAAGCCAGAAGAGCAAGAGGGAUCGCUGUGCAGUGAAAGCAGCAAUCCCUCUUGCUGUUCUAGCUUCUGGGAUAGCUGCACAGCCUGCAUUCGCUCCAUAAGACGCACACAACAUUUCCCCUUACUUUUUAGGAGGGACAAAGUGAGUCUUAUAGAGCAAAAAAUACGUUAAUUCUUACUACGGAUAAAUCACGAAUUUCCUGAGGUAUCUGAAUUCCUGCUGGUCACCAGUGCUCAGAGCAGGGGGAAAUUCCACAACUGUUGACUGAGUGCUCCCAGAGCACUACUCCCCCUGAAUGCGCCCAAUGUGUUUUCUGUUUAGAUAACCUUUUCUGUUUAGAUAACCUCUCCAUUGCCACCAGCUGACUGCCGUGUACAUGCCAAUUUUAAUUUUUAAAAUGUUUAUGUCACAAAAUAUCUUUAUAUACCGUGUAUGAGGCCCCUAGAAUCAUAAGAAAUGCAAAAAAUAUAUAUAAAAAAAUCACUGCUAAUAACUCAUUCUCGAAUUGUCCCCCUUAAAAAUCAAGUUGCCCCCCUGUGGGGCAUGUGUCCCACAUUGGGAACAACAGAGCUAAAUCUUCUCCUCCCCAGCCCCCGGCAAUCUGCUAUUGGCCCUGUAGAAAUACAACCGCUGAAGUGUUAUUUGGCACUUACUCAGGUAACUGCUUGCGAAAUAAUGUUGCAGCCACUCCCUAGCAAUAAUGGCUACAUUACCAGUAACUGAUGCUGGCACCAUUAGCGUCCCACAAAGUACAAAAUGUCUGCGGUCACCAUUUUACAAGUGCCAAAGCAUAUUUAUGCUCCAUAAGUGAUGCCGCUGUGACACAUUGUUUUGAAAUCUUUGCUCUAGCUAGUAAAGGUAAAGGACCCCUGGACGGUUAAGUCCACUCAAAGGCGACUAUGGGGUUGUGGCGCUCAUCUCGCUUUCAGGCCAAGGGAGCCAGUAUUUGUCCAUAGAGAGCUUUCCGGGUCAUGUGGCCAGCAUGACUAAACUGCUUCUGGUGCAACGGGACACUGUGACAGAAACCAGAGCGCACGGAAAUGCCGUUUACCUUCCCACUGCAGCAGUAUCCAUUUAUCUACUUGCACUGGCAUGCAUUCAAAUUGCUAAGUUGGCAGGAACUGGGACAGAGCAACAGGAGCUCACUCCAUUGCAGGGAUUCGAACCGCCGACUUUCUGAUCAGCUAGCCCGAGAGGCUCAGUGGUUUAGACCACAGCGCCACCCGCGUCCAAAUGUUGCAUUCCGUCUUAGGGCAUUCGACACGAUCUUGCCGGAUGUCAAAUCCUGUUUUAAAUCCUCCCUCUUAACUUCAGUGGAAGAGAUUGAAACAUAUGCUUGAUGCUUUUCUCGAAAUAUGAGGACUUUCUCCCCUUUUCUGCACGUACAUAGUGCAAUAUUUUUUAUCUGAAACAGGUUCUCACCCACUGCCAAGUGUAUCCACGGCAUAUGGUUGCAUGGCAUAGGUGCCUAAGAGGGCAGGAGUGGCCAAGCUGGCGCCACUCAGAUCCUGUUAAAUUCCAGCACCUUCAGCCAUGAGGGCAAUUCUCAGGGAUGCUGGGACUUGUAGUUCAGCAAUAUCUGCCACAGGGCAUUGCCUCUGACAUGGCGCUAUUUUUGUAGAUUUUAUUGUGUUCUGAAAACCGAGCAUUCCCAUCUUGUAACAGGCAAAGAAAGAAAAAACCUGCUUAUCUCAUCAGAGGAGUUAGUGGCUUCUUCCUCCUCCUCCUCCUCCAAUAAUUAAAUAAGUAGAAAUUAAAAAGCAAAGAAAAAAGGGUGCGCCAUUUCCUUGCCCAGUCAUGCCCCACAAAUUUUUUUGUAAGGGGAAAUGUGGAUAUGACUUACAUCAACUAUCAGCCAACUGGCUUCCAUUUGGCAGCAUUCUCUGUGUUUUCACGUUCAGCCCUGAAACAAAGUGAUUUCAGAAUUUGUGACUUUGGCGGUUUGCCUAAGAUGGCUGGAGAAAGGACCGAGGAGGUAAUGGUUUGUAGCCCACAGCUAAGCCACGGCUGAACCACUCAGCUUUUAUUUCCACCAUCUCUCUGUUUUUCCUCUCAACUCUGAUUUCCCAAAUCCAGGGAUUUAGUGUAUGCUGUAAACAACCACCCACCUGGUCAGUUGUGGCAAAAAGGAAACUUUGCAGAAGUUGGGUUUUUUAGGCCACAAAUGAUGUAUAUAGGUGGCGCAUAAAGCUUGCUUUGGGUUAGUAACACUUGUGGAGAGUGGUUUAAUGUUCCACGUAAUCUUCCCAGUACUCCAAUUCACAGACCAGAUGAAGACCUCUUAACCUUGGCCUUCAAGCAGAGCAAAUGAUAUCCAAUGAAAUGGAUAAAUUACAUAUGAAAAGACAUUGAUUUUGUCAGGCCUUCUGUCUCAAAAUCACCUAUAGUGCAGUCAUACCUUGGAUCCCAAAUGCCCUGGAACUCGGGACGUUUUGACUCCCAAACGCCUCAAACCCGGAAGUCGUUGUUCCAGUUUGUGAAUGUUCUUUUGGAACCCAAACAUCUGAUGGGACUUCCGUGGUUUCUGAUUGGCUGCAAGAGCUUCCUGCAGCCAAUCAGAAGCCACGAUUUGGUUUUCAAAUGUUUUGGAAGUUAAACUUUCCGCAGGGCCUGCAAGACAGAGUUGUUCCACCAGGCCUUUGGUCAGGGCCCAGCCUGACUCCCACCUCCGGCAACCUGCACAGAACUUUGCUUAACGGUUGCCAUUAAUUUGAUUUUAAUUAAUUUUAUAAUGAAAUGUUUUAGAAUGUUGGAUUAUUUGAUUGUUUGAUUAUUUGUUUGUUGUUAGCCGCCCUGAGCCUGGCUUUGGCUGGGGAGGGCGGGAUAUAAAUAAAAUUUAUUAUUAUUAUUAUUAAACUGACUUCUGGAAUGGAUUCCGUUCGACUUCCAAUGUACAACUGUAUGCCUUUCCUAGGAAAUAACCUUUUACCCCUCUCUCACUUCAGGCAAGAGUGGAUCACAAAAUUGACCUAAGGAUAAAGCCGGCCAUCCAAACACUAGGUAUGUCAAUAAUGCCUGGAAAUUAUAGAAUGUGCAGCUGAGUUGUCAUACUGGUUGAGAAGAGUAGAUAACAAAAUGGGUUUACCAGUUUAGAGGUGUGUCAGGAGAGUGGCUUAAAAAGUGUUGUUUUUUCAUAAAGGAUAGUUUGCUUUUUGGUAGGCCCCUCACCUCUGAAAUGUCAACUUACACAAAAUCAAACUCCUAUGAAUAUUAUGGCACAGCGCUAUUGUACAUUAGGCAAUGCUAAUGGGAGGAGUCUGCUAAUUUCACUGAAACUGAACUGUCCUACAGAUGUUUCCUAUUUGAAAUGAAAUCGUCCUUUUUUUUAAUGUCUAGAUGAACUUCUGGCAAAUGGCGAAGCUGGGACAUUUGACUUUGCUUUCAUAGAUGCUAACAAAGAUGGCUACAACGAUUACUAUGAAAGAUGCUUACAGCUCGUGAGAAAAGGAGGAAUAAUAGCAAUUGAUAAUGUAAGCACAGCAUGCUUCCUCAAGAAAGUCUCGUGGCAAAUUAAAAGUUCUUAACAAAUUCAGUGGAACAUAGGUACAGUGGUGCCCCGCAAGACAAAUGCCUCGCAAGACGGAAAACCCGCUAGACGAAAGGGUUUUCCGUUUUUGAGUUGCUUCGCAGGACGAAUUUCCCUAUGGGCUUGCUUCGCAAGACGAAAAUUUCUUGCGAGUCUUGAGAUUUUUUUCCCGCUUUUCCCCCCCUUUAUCUAAGCCGCUAAGCCUUUAAUAGCCUUUUAGCAGCUAAUCCGCUAAGCCAAUAAGCCUUUAAUAGCCGCUAAACCGCUAAUAGCGCUAAUCCGUUAAGCCGCUAAUAGGGUUGCUUCGCAAGACGAAAAAACCGCUAGACGAAGACACUCGCGGAACGGAUUAAUUUCGUCUUGCGAGGCACCACUGUACUGGUGGAGCCCGUUUAACAAUCAAAUACUAAAUCAUUUCAAAGAAUUCCAACAGAUAAUUCGAUUAUAUGAACACUAUAGAAUCAUUGAAUUGUAGAGUUUUCGAAGAGGGGCACCCAGGGUCAUCUAGUCCAACCCCCUGUGAUGCAGGAAUCUCAACUAAAGCAUCCAUGACAGAGGGCCUUCCAUCCUCUGCUUAGAAACCACCAAGGAAGAAGAGCCCACAACCUCGUAGAAGUCCGCUCAACUGUCAAAACAGCUCUUACUGUCAGAAAGCUCUUCCUGGUGUUUAGUCAAAAUCUCCUUUCUUGUAACUUGAAGCCAUUGCUAAAGGCCCUGGCCUCCAGAGCACAAGGAAGCUAGCUUGUUCCAUCUUCCAUGUAACAGCCCUUUAGAUAUUUGGAGAUGGCUAUCAUAUCUUUUCUCAGUUUCCUCUUCACCAAGCUGGAACAUUCCCAAUUCCUUCAACCAUUCCUCAUAAGGCUUGGCUCCCAGACCCUUGAUCAUCUUGGUCACCCUCCUCUGCACACGUUCCAGCUUGUCAAUAUUCUUACAUUGUGGUGCCCAGAACUAGACACAUUAUUCCAGUGUGGCCUGACUCCAGGUGUGGCAGAGUAGAGCAGGACUAUGACUUCCCUUGAUCUGGACACUAGACUUUUGUUGAUGCAUAGCAUCCAGAUCAAGGGAAGUCAUAGAAGCCACUCCUUUAUUUUUGGGUGACAGCUUUAAAGCGAUAGGCCCUCAGUCACAUGAGUAUGUUUUACGGGGAAAAUACUGGCGGUGGCGGACAGAGGGCACAUAUUAUGCCUUUACUAACAGGAAGGAAAGGAGGGAAGGGGGAAAGCAUUUGGAACUUUGUUGGGAAGGGAAUUAUCUCUUGUAUCUUAAAAAAAUCUCAGUUACUAUUAGUCAAUUUGUACUGGGGGGAAAAGACUAAAGUACAGUCCCUUGUUUGGGAGUAAGACUGCUUGACUCAACUUAUGAGCAAAGACUGAAAUAUAGAGGGCCUUCUCGGUGGUGGCGCCUGCCCUGUGGAACGCCCUCCCAUCAGAUGUCAAGGAAAUAAACAACAAUCUGACUUUUAGAAGACAUCUGAUGGCAGCCCUGUUCAGGGAAGUUUUUAAUGUUUGAUGUUUUAUCGUGUUUUAAUAUUCUGUUGGGAGCCGCCCAGAGUGGCUGGGGAAACCCAGUCUGAUGGGUGGGAUAUAAAUAUAUCGUCGUCGUCAUUAGAUGGCUUAAAUCUGAUUUUCAGAGCUGCAGACUACACUUUUCAAGGAGUAUUUUGGUAAAUGGGUUGUUUGUUUCAAAUCUGGUGGUACAUUGGUCAGACUCCAAUGUCAGGCCCUAGGCAUAUAUGGAAAUAAAUGUUGAUAAAACAGAAUGAAAUAUAUGUAAAUAUAAAAGGUGCGCUGUGCUGUGUUUUUCUUGUAAAAAUAAGUAUACAUUUUCUCUCCCCUGCCCUCCCCACCCUUUCUAAUAGGUUUUGUGGUCGGGGAGAGUCCUUAAGCCAGCCAAAGAUGACCUAGAUGGCCAGCACCUCCAUCAGUUGAAUGAGAAGAUCUUCCGUGAUCCGCGAGUGAAUAUUAGCAUGCUCACCAUUGGCGAUGGGGUGACGUUGGCAUUUAAGCUGUAGAAGAGAAGCCCAGAUGCUGUAGAUGGGCUGGGCCCUGUAAUCAUGGGAACAUUGAAGAUGAAAUGAUGUAUAUUUUUGAACUUGUCUCAAUAAAAUAGCCUAGACUUGAAAUCAGCAA